AUGGCAGCCGCGAAUGAAGUGGCAAGGGUCAUGGCCGAAGCUGCGGCCAUGGUGCAAGAGACCUGGAAGGAUAUGGCAGGUGGUCUAGGUGCGCCCUCAGAUGAGGAGGGAGAAGAGUCGCCGAAGAAGUCCCCCAGCAACUUUCGAGCGAAGCUACGGAAGGGAAAGCGAAAGGGGAAGUGGAAUGGCCGAGUGACGGACCUGACCAUGAAUGAAUACCGGAGCAUGAAGUGGGGAUUGGACGCUGGAUAUAGAGCCGCUCUGCGUGAAGGGCCUAAGUGGAGCAUGAGGGGCUCCUUGAGCAAACCGCUCCGCAGCAACAGCGAUGGCAUGUUAGACACAGACGCCUCCAGGGCCUAUGAUGCGUGUUACGGCACGGCCCCAAAGUUCAGCAUUGGAAAGACACUGAUUGGCGUCAAAGAUCCGCUGGCAGAGAAUCCAGGACCACAGUACUUGGUGCCAAGCACCAUGGAUCCGAAAGGACAUCCUACCAUCUGGAAGAAUGCAGGCAACAGGUUUGGCUGCGAAACCUUGCAGGUGAACGAUGAGGAUGGACCUGCUCCGGGGCAGUACAACCAAGAGGCCUUCAAGCAGAGUGGUCAGAUCCGUCGAGCUCCAGUGUAUACCUGUCAGGGGCGUGAGGCCUGGCGUGAGCCCGUGGCCGCACCUACCCCGGUCCCUGGGGAGUACAAUGUUGAGAAGACCACGCGAGUAGGGAAGAUCACUCCCUACAGGUUCACGAUGUAUUCCCGAUUGGAUCCCUUGGAACCUGCACGAGGUGAAAGGGCGACCAUCAAGCCUGGUCCUGGGCAUUAUAAACUGCCCAACCUUGCUGAUAGGAAUGCUUACCCGGACAAGGAGAAACCACCCUACUGGAAGCUUGGACAAGAGCCUCGGGGUCUUCUUCCUACUUAG